AUGACAAAGCUCGAUAAACUGGCUGUGCGUGUAGUGAAGAGAGUUGCCGAGACAACUGAUGUAACCGCCGAUGAUGGAGGGAAUCGGGCAAUAAUUGAAGCCUUACAAAAACCAUAUGUUAGGUUACUUGCUUUGAAGCAGAAAUUAUUUACCGGCACAGUAAUUUUCCAGGCUGGAGCAGAAGAAGGGCAUAACCUUCUUGAUGAGGCUGUGAUAGAUGGGGGACUGCCACGAGAGCAAAUUGAAAAGACCUCUGAUGUAGCCGAGUCUUCAGGAAAAAGUGGAGUGAGUUUUAGUUCGCCUCAAUCUUCGAAGCGUACACCGAAGAAGGUAUUAUCCACUUACCUUUGGAUUCAUCUUAAAAAUCCCUUCCGGCAUUCUAUGGUCCAGCUCACCAUGAUUGAAGGCGACCUCAUCCGCAACGGUAGCGCAACCACACGGACUAGGGGGCAGUUUGAUGAAUAA